UCGCGCUGUCUGUUGUGUCGUUGUGUGUCGUUGGUUCGAGCCGUUUAUGCAGUGCAGUGGGUUGGUGAGUAACUACUAUCUGAAAUCAGUGAGCGCAUCGUGAGCUGAAUUUCUGAACUUCGCCGAGGAAUCGUCGACUAUAAUAUCAAAUAAUCGUCUAGUCGCUAAUUUUGCGACGCAGGUAGGCGAGCGGAGAGACGCCGGCCGCCCUGAGCCUUGGAGUCUUGAACUACAAAAGGCCUUAGGUUCAAACGUUCGCUCACUCUAGUACCUAGUGACGUACAAACAGUUCGCAGUUUUCCUUAGUUUGUGUUGUGUUCAAGUUGAAAGUUCAGUAAACAAAAGUCAACAGUUCGUGUAGUAUGCCCUAAAAAAAGUAUACAUUUUACCUGUGAAAGUUCAGUUUAAGUAUAAAGUAUCAAAAAGUAAAUGAAAGUUUCCGACGUGAUGUAAAAUGUCUCACACGACAUGGAUCGCGCGCGUUGCACCUUCAAGAGCGAUUACCGCAUGGGCUCUUUUUGAUCCAGGUUAAACAUGUCGGACUCUGGUUCAGACAGUUCUUCCAGCGAGGAAUUUGACGAAGGUCGUAGAAGUGCUACGCCUGAUACAGUGGCGUCUCAAUCUCCACGUCGUUCACCGCACUCUUACCAUGCACGAUCCCCAGCUUCACCAUCAUCUGGUCGUGGAUCCAAAUCUCCAAGGUCAGCAGCACCUUCCAUAAAGUCACCUGGAUCGCCAAAAUCCGUUAGAUCCCCAAGCAACUCUCCCAGGUCUAGUAGAAGUUCCCAUAAGUCUCGCUCACCAUCUCCAAAGACAUAUCGAUUCAAUGAAAGUGCAGAGUCGCCCAAGUCGAAUCGCAGCUCCCCUCAACGAAGGUCGAACCAUAGUUCUCCUGAAAGAAGAUCAAACCCAAGUUCUCCUGAAAGAAGGUCGAACCAUAGUUCUCCUGACAGAAGGUCGAACCAUAGUUCUCCUGACAGAAGGUCGAACCAUAGUUCUACUGACAGAAAGUCGAACCAUAGUUCUCCAAGAAGGUCGGACGACAGUUCUCCUGAUAGAAGGUCGAAUCAUAGUUCUCCUCAACGAAGGUCAAACCAUAGUUCUCCUCAAAGAAAGUCAAACCAUAGUUCUCCUCGAAGAAGGUCAAACCAUAGCUCUCCUCAAAGAAGGUCAAACCAUAGCUCUCCUCAAAGAAGGUCGAACCAUAGUUCUCCACGGACGAGAUCUAAUCGCAGUUCUCCGCAUGCGAGGUCCAAUCCAAGCUCCCCUCAUGCUGCAUCGAACCGCAGCUCUGUAACGCAACCAGGGUCAAAUAACAGUUCUCCAAGACCAAGAUCUAAUCGCAGCUCUCCUCAAUCUCCAGAUAAUUGCAGAUUCGAGCGUUUGGGUCCCAUGUCACCCAAGUCUCCUCCAACAGGUCACGCAUCUCCAAAAUCUUAUGCUGCUGGUCCAACUUCACCAAGUUAUUGUCCAAAGUCGCCAGCAGAUCACGGUCACUCGAGACAUCAUUCGCCAAGGUCUCCAAGAUCACCACAAUCUCCGAGGUCGCCGAGGUCUCCAUCACCGAGGUCAAGACGCAGCUCUGCACAGUCUCCUAUUUCUGGAAGAAGCUCUCCAAAGUCGCCAAAAUCUUCAAGGGAUAUUAGGAAAAAGCAGCGCUCGCCGCCACAUUCUCCAGAUGAAAAGAGAAAUUCUUACAAUGAUUUGGAUGGAGAACAAAUCUCUGAUGGAGAUAUGGACGAUGUGUCUCAGUCGGCACAAAAAUCAAAAACUGCGCCCAUUACACAUGGGGAGGAUUUAUCUGAUGUUUCAGACUUGGAAAGCAUGGAUGAUGAUGCGGAACGAGAGAGAGAUCAGAAAAAGAAAACUGAGGAGAAGGUUGAAGAGGUGCAGAAUAUUGCCGAGAAGAAAGAGAGGGAGGAAAAAAUCGCGCCUGUGAGUCUCGCUGAGGAAAACGAACAACUAGAUUUUGAAGCUGAUGGACAGUGGAAAGACGAACGGGAAGAUGGAGAAGCAGAACCAGCGCCAGUUAAAGAACCGAAGGAAUUAAAAGACAAAGAGCCAAAGGACAAGGACAAAGAUAAAGCUAAGGAUAAAGAAUCUGCAGAAGUGAAGGACAAGGAAGAUGGUGAGGAGGAUGGAGAGAAGGUAGAGUCUGAGUUGGAAGAAGGAGAGCUCAGUGACGGGGACGAGGCUCGUCCUGAAGAGACAGAACCGCGACCAGUGUGUCGAUUUUACAAUCGCGGUCAGUGCACUUGGGGUGUAAGCUGCAGAUUUUUGCAUCCUGGAGUUACUGACAAGGGUAACUACACCAUGUUCGACAUGGUCCGGCCCAUGGCUUAUCCUCCACAUGCUGCUCCUCCACAUGAGUUCAGGCCCCAUAUCGAACGACCAAGUUUGAUGCGACCACUUCCAGGAUUUUCGGCUCCACCACAUGCUCCUAAAGUGGAGGAGCUUGCUUCUGAAUCCGCCUGGGAACGUGGAUUGCGUCAUGCCAAAGAAAUGAUGAGAAAGGCCAACAAACGUAAAGAAUCAGAUAUGGAUUUUGAGGAGAAAAAAAUGAACCUGAGCUUAGGUCAGGAAGAAUUAGACAGAGAAGCUGGAUAUUAUGUGAGACCAGCAAGUCCUGAACCUCCGAUUGAGAGAUGGCCUCCAAGAGAAGUUGCUCCUCCUCCUCGUGUUGCUCGAGCGCCGGCGCCGAGAAUUACUCCAGAUCAUUAUGUGGAUGAACCUGAAGGAUAUUAUCCUCCAGCACCUCAUGAAUAUUACAGACGAGUCCACUACAAGUCAGAAAGCAGAAACGCAGUGGAAUACAGAGAGCGAUACGAUUAUCACGCUAUUCCACCACGUGGAGCUCCGCACUCUUCUUCACCACCACCACCUCACUCUCGAGAACGUGGUGAGCGGGACAGAGAACGCGAUCGUGAGAGGGAACGAGAAUACUACGAAAAGUACGAAAAGAAACACAAAAGACCUUCGAGGGAGGUGAUUGUAGAGCGAAUUCCAUCCUCCAAGACCUGGAGGGAAGAGGAACCUCCGCCUGCAGAAAGAGGACGUGGAGACGAGUGGGCUGAUCCCUGGAUGCGCCGAAAAUCACCCGGAUCGGUUCGUAGAAACCACCCCGCUUCAAGAAGAUCUCGAAGACAGUCGUACUCUUCUGGAUCAUCUUAUUCGUCAAGCAGCUCUAGCCGUAGUUCGAGCCACUCUAGCUACACUUCUUAUGAAUCCCCAUCCAGGUCCCGUUCUCCAUCCCCUCCCUCUAGGUCCCGAGCUAGCGCUAAAUCAAAAGCUCCAACCACACCUCCAACUGCCCUCGCACCACCUUUGCGUGGUGCGAUGCUCAUGAACCCACCCGCUCCUUCUCCCCGUGGAGCCAAGGGAUCCAUUUCGCCAACUGGGACUCUUCAUCGACGAGCCGGACUCAAUCCCCCCGCACCCAGUCCAUUGACAACUCAUCCGAGGCAUCAUGAUAAAGCCAGGGACAAGGCAGCUCUUGCAGCUGCUGCUGUCGCAAAAGUCAUCAAGAGUCACUCUCGAUCGAGGUCAUCUCACAGUAGUUCAGGCUCGGACAGCAGUGGCAGUAGCAGUGAUUCUAGUGAAUCAAGCUACUCAUCCUCAUCGAGCGAAACUAGAAGGAAGAAGGGAACAACUCCGCCAGUGCGCAAAGAUUCGAAAGCCCUUGACGCCCUUAAAGUAAGUGGCGCAAAACAGCAGAUAAAAUUGACCUUGAAACAACCUGCACAUAGCGCAACACUCGUGAAGAAAGUCGAUCGAAGUGCUACGAUCGCUGGAAAGAAAAGGACUGCGGAUUCGCCACCUCUUGGUGACAGCAAAGCCAGUGUCGCCGCAGCUGCUGCCAAAGCCGCGAAGAAGGCCAGUUCUCGUCGCGAGGAGCUCUUGAAACAACUCAAAGCUGUGGAAGAUGCCAUUGCUCGAAAGCGAUCAAAAGUUUAAAAAGUCGAGCUUCAAAUAUCACUCCGAAUGUCGAGUGUCUUCGUGUUACUUUGACGUUGCGUUGAUUCUUUAAACAAUAUUUUUAUUACAGUAACGUCGCUUAGAUUACAAAAAAAACCGUUACAUGAAGGUAAUAUUUGUUCCUUUUUUUUUUUACAAAACUUUGAUACGCCUUUUUAUUCGCUAUAACUGUGUUUCUUUUUCGAUUGAAGAAAGUGCGUAUAAUAAAGAAAAUGCCCGUUAUGUUUUUGGUUGAAAUAUGUGCUGUACACAAUUAGUAUUCUAAAUAUUUAGCAAUAAAUUUUGAAAUUCGAAAACAGAAAUAAAGGUGAGGAUAAAAAUAGA